AUUGUUGUUUCUGAGGUUGCAGCGUUCAUGAUGAACUUACUUCAGAUUAUGUGUGACAACUGGGUACAUAGUCAUGUAGCUGUUGGACUUGUCUUUAGAUGUUAUCUAGACAGAAAGAAUGAUGGAAAGCUAACUGCCUUCAGGAACAAGAAUCUGUUAUAUAAAAGGAAAUUGAAAUCCAGUGAAGAAGUCACCCGGAAGUAA